AUGGGGCUACUGAGUCGACUACUGAGUCGAGUCCAAACCAUAGCCCCUUCCUCCGCCAACCACCCCCUCCCACCCUCUCCUUGUGUCAACCAAUCAGAGCUGAUCAGGCACUACAAGUGGCAGCAGGUGGCGCUGGUCUACAGCGACGACCGCUUCGGCCACAACGGGGUGACUGCGCUUGCCUUGGAGCUGCUAUCCAUCCAUGCAGAGGCAGAUGUGGCAGCACGAGUGGCCAUCCCGCUGUCAGCCACAGACGCGGCCAUUCACGAGCACAUGUCCGCCUUAAAGUCGGCCGUCUAUGUGCUUCACGCGUCCCCGACCAUACUCUCUGCCGUCGUUGCAGCAGGUGGGUCCCACAGAGCAGAUAGUAGGCCGUGCCUCUAA